GGAGUUUUAACGAUUACGGAAGGCAAUAUGACGAGAUACAUAUGUUGUAUUUGAGGUGCUUUAGUUUGCCAGGGUAGCUGUUAAAAACGACUCUCAUUCUAUUUUGCAUCGUGAAUUUGUUGUUCGGAGUAGUAAUAUGAAUUGAUAGCAAUAUUCAAAAACGCCUCGUCCACAUCUUUUGAUAUAAAAGAAGGAGACACCGAGCUUGCAUCACGCUCUGCCGGGAAUCUCUAUUUGAAUAAAGGAUAUCACUUUAAGAUGAUCAGAGGUAAAGGUGACGAAGAAGACUAUUGGAACAGCUCAAAGUUUAAGGCCUUCACAUUUGAUGAUGAUGAUGAAUUUUCACAGCUGAAAGAAUCAAAAAAAGCUGUAAACAGCAUACAGACCCUGGUGGAUGAUGAUGACGAUGAUGAAGAUGAUGUGGAAAAGGUCGGGUGGAAUGGAGAGCCAAUUGGAAGUAUUUCCCUGUCGAUUAACGAAACUGCCUCUAGGAACAGGAUGUCUGCAACAGAGCAAGAACUUGGGUUUCCAAAAAUUCAAACCACAAUGCAGAAUCUAUCCUUAUCCAAACAGGGAUCUAACUAUUCCCUAAGCAGCUUGUUUAAAGGAAAAAAUAAAAUGGGAAAUUUCCAGAUGCUUUCAGAAUGUGUUGGUGAAAUUCCUUCAAGACAUUUUGCUCCAGAGCUAAGAAAGCCAAAAUCACAGUAUAAGGAUUAUACAGCUGUGUGGAGCCCUGAGGAUACAGUCAGUAGGAUGCAGAAUGGAAAGACUUACACUCUGGAGGAUUUUCGGGCUUUGAAGGAUAAGAUGCUAUUACUUGAUGAGGCUGUAGAGCUCCACAAUGGCAAUGUCAUCACUGCUGUCUUAAUUUUUCUGAAGAAAACACUUAGUAAAGAAAUUCUUUUUCGGGAGCUGGAGUCCAGACAAGUAGCACUACGCCAUUUCAUCCACUAUUUGAAGGAAAUGGAAGAACUCAAGCUUCUUAAUGAACUCCUGAAAUUUCUUGGAAGGACAGAAGAAAUGGCACUUAUGCAGUACAGGGAGCACUUAAAUUUGAAAGAUGUAAAUAAGAAGAAGGAAGCUUUAAAAAGCUGUAUUAGCCUUCCUUUUUCAGCAGAAGAUGCUGGUUUUGUUCAGGAUCACUAUACCUUACUGGAAAGACAAAUUAUCAUAGAGGCCAAUGACCAACAUAUGGAGAAAACUGGACAGGUGGAAGUGUUUAAGAAAUACCCACGCAAAGCAGCCAUUUUGAAUAUGCCCAUUAUUACUACACUGUACUACUCCUGCUUUUACCAUUAUGGCGAAUCUGAGGGCACUUAUAGCAGUCCAGGAAGCAUCAAAAAGACUUUCAAGCUUUCAGAUAAACAAUAUUUAUUAACAGCACUUGGGGCUAGAGCUAAACUCAAAGCAUGGAAAGAUGUGGACAGCCUCUUUGUGACUAAGAAUUGGCUUGGAUACACAAAAAAAGCCCCGAUUGGAUUUCACAAAGUGGUCGAUAUUCUACAUAAAAACAAUGCACCUGAUACGGUGAUUCAAGAAUAUAUUUGUUUGGUGGAUGAUACAGACCUGAAGCUUAAUUUGGCAAUGAAAUAUAAGUGUCAUGAUAUCAUCAUCAAUAUCUACAGAGAUCUAAAGGAUCGACAGCAGUUGAAGACAUACAGGACUAAAGUAAACAGAGGCUCGUUAGAAGAAAGGAAGAUUGAUGACAUUCUACAUAAUACUCAAAUCCGGUGGAAAAACUGAAGCAGACCUUGUAACAACUUUAAGAAACGCACAGUUUGGAAUCCUGUUAACUGCCAAGGAUUUUUUUUUAUUAAUUUACCCAAGGUUUUCUUAAUAAAUAAUUUAUCUUCUA